GUCACCGCCAGGGACUAGCUCCAGAACAGGGGUCUCUGGGCCCAGCUUUCAGACGUCUCUGUGGACAGUGUUUCUGAACGUGCAGUGGCUGGUAAAUGCUCUGGUUUGGUGUUUGGGAGGGAGAUUUCAACACUGUCAGGGAAUUCCCUUCCCAAAGAGCAGCUCUGCCAGGGCCCCUCUCUCCACCCUUCAAUACCCCAGCAGCGUUAGCCUGGGUGCUUCAGCUCAUGGCUGUCAAAGGGCUGGAUUACGUGAGGCUUCAAGAGAGAACACGGGUCACCAGCCGCUUCGCUGUGAGAAGUAAAAUUAAUGGUGGGAAAAAACAGUUCAGUCUGCAGAGAGGUGGAAGCAGGAAAUGUCUCUAACACAAUCCACUUCCUUCUGCAAUGGGGGAAGGUCCGAUCUUGAAUGAUAAACUUCUCAGUAUCUCUUUGGACAACGGAGAGCUGGCAAAGGCUGCGGUGUUGAAAGGUCGCCCCUCUGACAACAAAAUGGCUCCGUCGACCCCUGUGUCUGGAUUGUCUGUUCCAUGCCUGGUGCUGCUGCUUCUCCUGGAGAUCUCUGGGGCCGGGGCCCAGGAGUUCCAGCUGCUGCAGCCCCAGGACGCCGUGUCGGUGUCACCAGGAGAGACUCUCACUCUGAUCUGCUCUGAGACUGGGCCCGUUCCAGUGGGACCCACAAAGUGGUUCAAGGGCUCGGGCAGUGGCCGCCAGCUCGUUUAUGCAGAUAAGGAGGAAUCACUCCCCCGGGUGACGCGGGCUGUGAAUGGCUCUAACACAGACUUCACCAUCCGCAUCAGUGACACCCGCCCCGAGGACGCCGGGAUCUAUCGCUGUGUGAAGUUUGUGAAGGGGUCGGGAGCCGAUGAGGAGUUCAGAUCCGGCGCUGGCACCGUCGUGUCUGUGAGCGGCAAACCAUCGGCCCCAUCCGUGUCCGGCCCCCACAGCAGGGCAGAGCCGGGUCCCCCAGUGACUUUCACCUGCACGUCAGGAGGAUUCGCCCCCAGAGACAUCACUGUGACCUGGCUCAAAAAUGGGGCCAAACUCCCAGACUCCCAGACCCGGGUUCUCCCUGCACACAAGAGCGUCUCCUACAGCGUGUGCAGCACCGUGGGGGUGAACCUGACCGCAGGAGACACCCGCUCCCAGCUCACCUGUCAGAUAGAGCACAGCACCUUACCGGCUCCCCUGCGUGCGACUUACAACCUCAGCGAUGCCCUGCGAGUUCCCCCCAGGCUGCGAGUGGGCACUGCCCCAGCGGCGCCCGUUGCACUGAACGAGUCUGUGACGUUCACCUGCCGCGCGGAGGGGUUUUACCCAAAGGACGCGAGUCUCACCUGGCUGGAGAACGGAAAUGAGAUGGAUCUGGGAAAACCCUUCCACCUGACUGAGAAUCCAGACAGGACGUACACGCUCCAGAGCUCCCUGGAGGUCAACGCAACUGAGCAGAGGAGGCAGUCUGCGUUCACCUGUCGGGUUGUGCACGAUUCCCAGCCCCCUGUCGGUGCCAGCGCGAUGCUGAGACUCUCCCAGCCACCUCCUGAGCCAGCCCCUGGUCGAUUUCCCUGUUUUCUCGCACUGUCGCCACUGCCAACUUCUCUGUCUGCAGCUUCUGUCCUCCAGAGCAGGAAACGAGUCCCUAGAUGGUGGAGCUGCAGUGACCCCUGCUGGCCAAUCAGAUGGAGCCCAGGCACCUGAUGGGAUAUACCCACCACUCACUCAUGGCUAUUGAUUGCGAAGCCGCUGGAAGGACUCCUGACCGGGCUCCCUGCUCCUUUUAGCGCAUUGGUUCUCAAACUGGGGGUUGCAACCUGGUUGUGUGGGGCGUUGCAAGCCCCAACCCCGGCGUGGGCUGCGAGCCACGAGCCCCAACCCCUGCGCCGGGCUGUGAGCCCCGACACCCCACUCCCAUGCGGGGCUGCGUGCCCCAACCCCAGCCAGGUGCGGUGUUGUGAUCCCCAACCAGGAGUGGGGCUGUGAGCCCUGAGCUAGGGCUUCCAGGACCCAGUGACCCCUGACCCGUGUACUGGAGUUGUCAGGUGGAGCCCGACCAUGCAGAGGGUUAUCAGCCAGGAGCGCCGCCAGGCACAAGGUUGUUAACCCUCAGCCCUGCCACACACAGGGUUGUCAGCCCCAAGCCCCGCCACCCGCUGUGAGCCCGGCCGGGCGCUUGGUUGUGAGCCACCAUCAUCACCAUGUGCUGACCUCAGAGCCCCAAGCUCCUCCAGCCCUGCUCCCCCUCUAGCUCCACCCCCAGCUCCGCUCCGGCUCCACUCUACCUCCACCCCCAACUCCACUCCACCUGGCUCCAUCCCCAACUCAGCUCCAUCCCCAGCUCCGCUCCACCUCCAGCCCAGCUCCACCCCCAAAGAAAGGGCGCCAAAUAGAAGUUUGCCCAGGGCGCCAUUUUUCCUAUGGCUUGUCCUGGUACUGAGACAACAUUAGAGGGUUUGAUUCUUUAGCAGCUGAACAAGUACUUUAUUAAUUAACAGUCAAACACACGAGCGCAAACCUCCUGAAAAUAAUGGCCACCUGUACUGCUAAAACCGCUAAAAAACGAAAGUAUCUCAUGUCUUACAUUAAACUCGGUUUUACCAGUAUCAUCACCUCUGGUAUUGAAAAACCGCAAUGCGGCAUUUGCUGUGAAGUCUUCUCUGCCGAAUCAAUGAAACCAUGCAAACUGCAGCGACCUCUGGAAAUUGGACAUCCUGAGCCUAAAAAUCAAAACGUGGAUUUUUUCAAAUGUAGAGAAGAAGCAACAAAGAAGGCCAGGCUUGAUGUUGAUGGAAGUUUCCGACAGCAAAUGUCCUCAGCUGUGGAGGCCUCUUUUGUUGUGUUACUAUGAAUUGCCCGUACCAAACGCUGCGUACAGCACGUGAGGAGCUCAUUCUGCCAGCAUGCAAAGAUAUUAUGGGUGGAAAUGAAACUGCCAAAAAAUGGAAUAUGCUUUCCAUGUCUAAUGAUACCGUGAAACGCAGAAUAUGUGAGAUGUCUGAAGACAUCAAAAAACAAGUUGUGCAUGAAAUUAAACACUCUGCUUUCAGUAUGUUCAGCCUGCAACUUCAUGAAACUACUGAUGUUACUCACGGUGCACAAUUGAUAGCAUUCGUAUGGUAUGGUAAUGCCGGGGAUGUUAAGGAUGAGUUCUUAUUCUGUGAACAAUUUGAAAUAACCACAACAGCACAGGCCAUUUUCAAUCAGGUGAAUGCCUUUUUCGAAAGCAAUGGCAUUGAAUGGAAAAAUCUUUGUGGUAUCUGUACCGACAGUGCUCCAGCAAUGAUGGGUGCACGGUCUGGCUUUCAGCAGAAGGUAACGUGUGUCUCAUCUAAUGUGAUUGUCAUUUAUUGUGGAAUCCGUCAUUAAGUCCUAGCUGCAAAGACCUUGCCAAUAUGCCUCAAUGCUGUGGUGGAUGUUGUUAUAUGAGCAGUGAACUAUAUUAAAGCUCAUGCUCUGAAUAGUUAUCUCUUUCGAGAGCUCUGCAAUGGUGAAUAUGAAGUUCUGCUUUUCCGCAUUCAAGUCUGAUGGCUUUCUAGCGCGUUUUUUUACUUCGGGAAGAGAUGGCAGUUUUUUUCCUGCAAAACGAGAAACAAGCUGAACAAAAAGUUCAGUGACAAGAAAUGGCUUCUCUGCUUGGCAUACCUAGUUGAUACUUUCGAUAGCCUUAAUGAUCUCAGUCUGUCGCUGCAGGGAAAACGUUCAACAUGAAUAGACCCGACGAAUAAAAUCAGAGCCUUCCAGAUGAAGUUGGAUCCAUGGGGCAGGAAGCUGGAUACAGACAGAUACAGCACGUUUCCGACACUUUCCUCGUUCAGCAAGGAGGAGGAAGUUAACAGUGAUAGUGCUCUCAAGUCAGCGAACAGUGAACAUUUGAGAGCCCUUCACAAGGAGUUCUCACACGACUUCCCAGCGCUACCAGAAGCACUUCAUUCCCUGGUGAAGAACCCUUUCAGUGUGACAGCUGAGCAGUUACCUACUGACCAUAUUCACGCACAGAAACAGUUUGUUGACAUGAUCAAUGAUGAUGCAGUGAAAGCAAAAUUCACACAGCUGCCUCCAAACCAGUCCUGGUGCUCAGGUGCAAGUGAAUACUCACUGGUGUCUGAAAUGACCCUGGGAGUUCUGCUGUCAUUUCCCACUACCUGCGAAUGCACGAGUGGAUUCUCCAGCCUUCUCACAAUAAAGACGAAAUCUCGAAACCGGCUUGAUGUAAAGGACGACAUCAGACGCGCCCUUUCUAAAACAACACCCAGAAUAAAACUUCUUGUGUCAAAUAAACAGCAUCGUCCAUCUCACAGGUUUUUGGCUGUUUCAGAUUAUUCAAUGCUGUCAAGUAAAAUAAAAUUCUACUUAAAAAUA